CCGAGUCCCCGUGCCCAUGGGCCCCGCACUCAUACCCACUCUCCGGUUUUCCCACUUUGGUAUCCCGCUGCAGAUCCGGUUGACGAGCCUGACUUCGCAAACGCCUUCCACCAAAUUGCAGUGCAAAUCCGCCUCUCAGGCGGGGUUCCCAAGACCAGUUUACCUAGAGCAAAUGUUACUCUACAACUUUUCCUGUCUCAUGAUGCGUAAGGCGUUGCCCCUGCUAUGAGCCAGUUCGGCUUGUCACACUGGUGUUGUAUUUCACAUGUCCCCAUUGCCAAUCUCGACACCAACCAAGCCCUGGGCGACGAAAGUGUCUGAAAGUAUCUCUUUGCGUUCUUCUCCCUUCCUUCUACUCUUUGUUUCGUCCUCACACAUUUAGGAUUGGAAAUCACAGGAAGACCCUGUAUAGCUUCAGCCCCCAUUAAACCUCCUUGAUUCAGUCAACACGACAUCCGCCACGUUCCCCUUAGCUUGCCAUCUCACUGGUCCAGCAGCUCCUCGACUCGCUCCAACCGCGUUCUCCAAGGCCUUGUCUCGAGACACACGCCUCAGAUCCUCCUCUCUACCUCAGCGGCCUCCGAGCAGAACCCAGUCUGGUCAAAAUGGCGACCAUGAACGCAGUUCGGUUUUACGGCCAGAAAGACAUUCGUCUCGACAAGAUCCCAGAGCCUCAGGUACGGCCUGGAUUCGUCAAGGUUGCUCCUCAGUUCUGCGGAAUUUGCGGGUCGGAUCUUCAUGAAUAUCUCGGCGGUGCCAACCUGAUCCCAUCUGAAGGGAACCCUCACCCCAUCACCAAUGAAACCCUGCCUCUGACGUUGGGACAUGAAUUUAGCGCCAUUGUCGAAGAGGUGGGCGAGGGCGUUACACACGUACAACCUGGUGACAAAGUCUGCAUUCAGCCGACGAUAUGGGAUGACUCUUGCCGCGCAUGCAAGAGAGGUCUGGUCAAUUGCUGUGAUAAGAACGGGUUCGUGGGACUCAGUGGCUACGGCGGUGGGCUGUCGGAACAUGCCACCGUACCUGGUCACUGCAUCAAGAAACUGCCGGAUAACAUAUCGCUCGAAGUCGGUGCAUUGAUCGAGCCUCUGUCCGUCGGGUGGCAUUCGGUCACCAUCUCACCGUACAAGGACGGCGAUUCGACCUUGGUCCUUGGGGGUGGUCCUAUUGGUCUGGCAGUUGUUCAGGCCCUCGUCGGCAAAGGCUGCAAAAACAUAAUUGUCAGCGAAGUCAGCAGCAAGAGGCGAGCGUUUGCCAAACUAUUUGGUGCACAUCAUGUUAUCGACCCAAUAAAUUCUGAUCUGGUGGCUGAAGUGGAGAAAUUGACCGACGGUGAGGGUGUUGAUGUGGCCUAUGACGCAGCUGGAAUUCAAGUCGCCGUCGACACCGCAUUCAAGGCAAUCAAGGCCAGAGGGAUGCUCGUCAACAUUGCAAUUUGGGAGAAACGUGCUAGCCUGAACAUGAAUGACCUUGUCUUUCGAGAAAGAGCAUACAUGGGCGUGUAAGUGCUGGGCCGACCCCAGGCACAUGACGAAUUCAUUGACUGACCUUGCUACGCCUACAGUGCCACCUUUGCUCUAGGAGACUUUGAGGGUGUUAUCGAAGCUAUCUCUAGUGGCAAAAUGAAGCCCGAAGGUAUGAUCACGAAGAAGAUCAAGCUAGACAAGGUCGAGGAGGAAGGUUUCCGCACUUUGAUUGACGACAAAGAGAAUCACGUCAAGAUCUUGGUCGACGUUAGAUCUGGCCUGUAGAAUGCGCCUAGAGUCGCAAUGCCAACAUUAUUUUGAGUAUCAUAUCUGAUAGCAAGAAUAAAUCGCAGUUGAUCGAUGUA